CCCACUCACACAGUCUUGUAUAUAGCUAGCUAUAAGCUUCUGAGAAAAGUAAUCCGACUACUGACUAAGUAGAGAGAGAGCUGAAGAAUACAGCAAGCAUCAAGCAUCUUAGUUUACUCUGUGUCUGCGAGUUUUGAGCAAGGAAAAAUGCAGAGAAUGAAGAAAUGGUUUGGGCGCCGAAUAGGCAGCACCGAGAGCCUCAAUCAAAUCACGGGCCCCAGCACACUCAACCAACCUCAUUACCUCCUUUCCAAGACCGAAUACGAACUCACGUCUAUCAAAAUCAAACAGUUGCUGGAAAGAAAACUAUACCAAAAAGUGGUGGACACUCUUCGAGAGCAACCGUCUACCUUUGUGCUCAAGUGUCUUGAGAGUUUUCCAUUUCGUGCUCUAAACAAAGCCGUGCCAGAAGCUUUCCCCAUCUGGGAGACAUUGCUGACUAAGCUCCAUAACUCUGAAGAUGGAUAUAUUCCCGAGUUCCCAUACAAGUCUUGUGACGAGCUGGUGCUGAGAAUCGCUUGGCUGAUUGAAACGCGUGAUGAAAAAUCGCCAGAAGGACAGGAGCUAGUGUUGUCUUGUAGGAGAGUCCUCAAAUGUGUCUACAUGCAAUACAACGGAGUGUUGGAGCGCCUGUAUAAAGAGCAUGACCGAGUUCAGCACUCACUGUACACUCUAGGUCUACACAUACCAUUGGGGAGUGAUGCUCGAACUGCUUUGUCUCUGCAACAGGCAAUCAAAAACGAAGUCAACGGGUUUCUAGUCGAUUUGAGCGAUGCAAAAGAACGACUUGUAGAGAUCAUCGAUAAGGAAGAAGUCACACUGAAUGAGAUAUUGCAGGAAGACAAUAAAGUGGAAAUUGUCUCAGGCUCUGAUGAGGACAGCGGUGAUGAUGGAGGGGUGACAAUUAGGUACCAGAACUUCCCACAAGCUCCAAAUCCGAACCAAGUCCAACUGCAGGAGAGACUCUACCAAAACCAGUGUGUGCUAACUUGUCUACAGCCCGGCAGGAGAAUGGGGAGUCUGCCAGAAUUGAUGGAGAUUCUCAGCGAACGAAUAAGAGGGGACAAAGAAGUGCUUGCAGUGUUUGGCAGUGUACGACAGAGAAGUGGCGGCAUUACUGACAGUGAGUCUAUUGAACCUUGGCUGAGACGCCAUCAACACUCUAUCGAAUGUACAAUUGGCAUGAUCAAGGAUAUCGAGAAAGACCUUGAGAUCAAAAUCCUGAAAUCCGAAUCUCCAGCUCAGUUUAAUUUGAGACACAGAGAAAUGAAUGGGAUUGCUGACGAAGACAUGUCUACAAAUAUGGCGAGACCCCGGAGCAGAAGUAACGAGCACUCACACUCACCUCCCAUUAAUCGAAGGCACUCGUCAGUUAUUGCAGGAACAACCAGUACUACAUGGGGAGAAGAUGCAGACACACGAAUUGGUCUGAGUGAAAGAACUGACAGAAAUCGAUUAUCAGUUACCUAUCGACCACGAUCGGCUUCUCCUAACAAGAUACUUCGAGUCAAUGGCGGUCCACCAGUGCGUUCUCCAAGUUCAAAGUCCAUGAGCUCAAGCAAUGGCAGUAAUAGCGAUAUCAUUGGAGCAGUCCAAUCAAGUUCAAGUAUUGGAGCAGUCCAAUCAAGUUCAAGUAUAGGAGACAUCCAUUCCACUAACAAAUCUGAUAUGCUCGCAUUUACUCGAGUCCAAUCGCUGAAGACGAAUCAUUCUGUACAGGUGUUCGCUGGAAAGAGAAAGUUGUCAGUAAAAUCUCGAAACAGCUGGAACGCUCUCUCUAGCUCUAAGUCCACGGGGAAUGUGAGUAGUGUCAAGAAACAGAAGAGCUUGUUUCGCAGUGAGUCUGAAGAAGUAGGACCGUGGGAGAGACAGUUGAGUGUGGACUCACAGCACAUACAUGUAGGACACUACAUGCUGAUCCAGCAAGAACUAGAAGCCAAGACAAAGGAGUUACGAUUUACUAGAGAGCAACUCCACGAGCUCAGACGAAGAGAGAGAGAACUCACUGACAGACUCUCAGAGCAAGCACAGAGACACUUGCACGAUGGUGAGAAGUUUGAGGACAUUCAACUAGGCCUCAACAGACCAACACUGGUUGUGAUGCGCUACCAAGAGCUGUUCUCACAGGGAAGAGUGGAGGCUGUGGAUGCGAUUGAAGCACUACAGUUUACCGGAGAGAUGGAAGACUCGGGGGAAGAGGAGAACAAACUGUUUGCAGCACAGUAUGUACUGGAUGCAUUGGAGUUUGCUUACAAGAUGUCCUGUUUACACCUCCAUCGGGUGAGACAAGAGUGGCGCUCCACUCUGGGGGUCGAGGGAGAGUGUGAAGACAGUGUAGCCACGAGACAACUGGAGUCAGCAAUUGGGCUCUAUCUGAGAAGGAUCUGCUCCUCUAAAGAUGUCACUGAUAUCACAAAGGGAGUGGAGGACCUCCUGGAAAAGAAAUAUGGCCAAUAUCCAGUGUUUGCUCAGGCCAAGGAGGUGGAAGCAGUAAAGAGCUACAUUGUGGAGUGUUCUAAGGUGUGCUGGGACCUCUGUGUUCAGACCCCCGCCAUGAUCAUCAACUCAACUGAAACUGUCUACAAUGAUGAACUGCAUCAGCGAUUCUUCAACUCUAACAAAGAUUCAUGUGACAUUAUUAUGUAUCUCUGGCCCACUUUGUUGCAAGAGUCCCUUGGGGGUAUUAUGUUAUUAGUGAAAGGCUGGGUACAAACUUAAUAAUUAAAGCACCAAAUUGUUUUAUUUUUGUCGUUAUUAUUUUUGUCAAGCAAACUAACCAUGUAACGUAAACAGGCAAAAGUAUUAUCGGACCUUUUGUUUG